UCCCCGCCCCUUCUCCUCAAUGUGGGGUCUGCUGUCUUGAGCUUCAGGCUCCGAACCGAAUCCGUCCUGAAGAUAUUCAGCCAGCAAUGCGUGUAAAGGUGGAGACUAUAAAUCAUACACCUAGCUGACAACAACAACAGGAGUAUUUUCGUAUAAUAACUCUUAUUGUUUAGUUUUUCUAAAAGGGCGGUCGCUUAGAAACACUUCCGAAUGAACCCGAAGCAGCCGAAGCCGACGUGGAGGAGGAUCGACUCCGGACAUAAACACUCCUGUUUUUAAAGUUUUCUCCCGAACUUUCAGAGAAAUGUCUCAGGAUUACGGAGCACGGACUAUGUUGCUCGACUGGCCUUGAAGAACUCUGGACUUUGCUUCUUUUUAUAUAACAGAUUUUUUUGGGGAAGAGUUUUUUUGCUCUCGAAGUUCACACCCUUUUUUUUACUCUUCGUACCUGCGUUUGGCGGAAUGCCGAUGGUUGCAGGUAACAGUGGUGGUAUUGUGCUGCAGUAGUCAGUAACAGUGGCCAUGCUGUCAUGGUGACGCACAGAAUGACUCCAUUCAGAGUUGAGGCGUGUAACAGUUCUGGUGUCCAGUUGGCUCGGUCUGUGCUGCUGCCCAUGUGAGGACGACAGGAAAUCAAGUGAUCUUCUGGUCCAUCUCAGAAUAGCGGCCAGUACCAAGCGGAACUUCACAUCAGUGCUGUUUUAAAAAGCGCCCACCUUCCCUAUCAUCAGACCCACGCGCUCUCUGUGGAGCGCUGAAAAGAAGUGAGAGGUUGAAAGGUCACUGAAGUGCUCAGUAUGUUGUCCCAGCUGAGUGAGUGGUUCUGGAACGAGCGUCUGUGGUUUCCAGAGGGUCUGGGGUGGGCUGACCUGCAGGACCGUGAUGGUCUUACCUAUUCCAAAGGCUCUGACCUCUGGGUUACGCUUCCGAUAGCCCUGAUCUUCCUUAUCAUACGCCAGAUAUUUGAGAGGACUGUGGCCGUGCGGCUGGCCUCGGCGAUGGGAGUGAAGGAGAAGGUGAGAGUGCGGGCGACGCCCAAUCCAACACUGGAAACGUACUUCUGCACCACGAGUAAACAUCCAUCACAGAGUGUGGUGGAGAGUUUAAGUAAACAGACCGGCUAUUCCCAGCAACAGGUGCAGAGGUGGUUCCGGAGACGGCGCAACCAGGAGCGACCCAACCAACUCAAAAAGUUCCGGGAAGCAAGUUGGAGAUUUACUUUUUACCUCCUUGCGUUCUUUACCGGCCUGGCUGCUCUCAUUGAUAAACCCUGGCUCUACCAAAUGAAAGAGAUGUGGACUGGCUUCCCAACAAUGCCUCUGCUUCCGUCUCAGUACUGGUAUUACAUGAUCGAGCUGGGUUUUUACAUUUCACUCCUCUUCAGCGUGGCAUCGGAUGUGAAACGAAAAGACUUUAAGGAGCAGAUUGUCCAUCACGUUGCCACUAUUCUUUUGAUCAGUUUCUCCUGGUUUGUGAACUACAUUCGAGCAGGAACUCUGAUCAUGCUGGUGCACGAUGCCGCAGAUUAUCUGCUUGAGUCAGCCAAAAUGUUUAACUAUGCUGGCUGGAGAAAGACCUGCAACUACAUCUUCAUCAUCUUUGCUGUUGUCUUCUUUAUCACAAGACUCGUGAUCUUCCCAUUCUGGAUCAUGUACUGCACGUGGGUUUAUCCAGUGACUAUCUAUCCUCCCUUCUUUGGUUAUUAUUUUUUCAACGGGCUUCUGUUCGUGCUUCAGUGCCUGCACAUCUUCUGGUUUGCGCUCAUUCUGCGCAUGGCCAUCAAGUUCCUCCCUGGAAAUCAUAUUGUGGAAGAUGAGCGGAGCGACCGAGAAGAGACGGACGACUCUGAGGAUGAGGACGAAGCACCUCAGUUCGAGAAACGAGCUAAGACGAAAAACGGACCACUUCAGAACGGCCAUUCUGCAUCAAACAACAACCACCGCAAGAUGGAAUGAUGGGUACAGAUAGGAGGAGAAAGGAGGAGAUAGGAUGCCCUCUAUAACUAACAUACACACACACACACACACACACACACACUCUAAUAGGUUGAGGCAGGAGUAGAGACUGCUGGUUAGGAAAAUUGGCUUAUACGGAUACAGUCACACAAAUACAUUCGACCAAGUAUUAGGUUCACACUUAAACACUAAUCCCCCAAAAAAUGUUUUUAAAUAAAAUAAUCACAAGGCAACUUUAGUAAAUGCACUAAAUUCUGCAGAAGAAGUGAAAUCUGGAGGCAGUGAAUCUUCCUUGUCCUGCUUUGUGUAUGAUCUGCCUGUUGCCUAAUUAAUGUGAAACUCUCACUCGUUCCCUGUCUGUCGUUCUAGCCUUAUUACUGUCGUUUCUCAUCACACGUGAUCGGCGUGUAAAUACAUCACUCCUCCAUUUCCUUUCCUUGAAUAUUUACUAACGGCACCGAGCUUUGUCUUCCUCUUUGCGAGCAACCUUUCCGGAUUUACCUGAAGUCAAACUUGCUUAUUAAGUGCUGAAUUGCUUUCUCCAAGCGGCCUUUAGCUAGGUCUCCAAACACAUUCCUAGUGUAUGUAUGAACACACACACACACACACACACACACACACACUUGCACUGUCAUCAGCCCUCCUGUGUACUGCCCACAUUUCAUUUGCACUAUAGUUUAAUUUUGCUCCACACUACUACUGCCCUUAGAGAUUAUCUCCUAGAAUCUGACCUUUGAGGACCACAAAACAUGCCCCCGCUUUGAAAUCAACUCAGCGAUACCAUCACACAUCGAUAUUAAACUCUGCAGAACACGAAGCUCAGCUGAACAAGUUCCACUGCCCAGAUGCCCCCAUCAUCAAGCUGCAUGUUUAAGUUUUCUGCCUUUUAGUGCCUUAUGUUUGUCCAGCAUCUUUAUCACUUAUCAAAAUCUGUUGAAUUCCAGAUGUUAUUGGCUAAUACAGUUCGUACCAGAAUCGUAAAAUUCAUCUCACUUAAAAAAAAAAAAAAAAAAAAAUUCCUCAAGUUGUGUAUCAAAGAAAAAUUAAUUUUAUUUACGUUUUUGUCUUGCUCUUUAUUAACAAUGAUUACUCGGAUGAAUAUGGUUUUAAUGUAAUUUUUGUUUUAUCGUUUUUUUUUUAAUGUUUGUUUGCAUUUUACUUGAGGUCCAAAUUUAUUUAAAAGAUCCUUGAGGUCCUAAAUUUGUUCGUGACGAUUCCAAGACGCUUCACUGUUGUUGAUGCAAAUAGUGUAUUUCUACAUUUCACUAAAGAAGGAUUUCUGCUCUGUAUGGAGUCACCUGUUGGGGGGGGGGUGUUUUGGGGGGCAACGGCGACAUUUCCAUUUGGAAAAUUUAAUUUCUAUCGCCGUUUGUUCCGAAUCCUGUUCACGAACGGAGGAAAAAAAAAAAAAAAAGAUGUUUUACCAAAUACGUUCUUCGAAUCGAACAGUUCUAUCUCAUGCCAAUGCUUUUUGUACAUGUUGUAGUAUUAACAAGAUUUUUUGAAGAGUCAGUAUUUAUCACUUAUUUGGCCACCGGAUGCACUUUAUAAAACCUGAUCUAUAGAAAUUACACCGGAGGUAGACGCUUUUAUAGUCGAGUCAGUUUGUAACACUAUGCAUCUGUAAAAAAUAAAAUAAAA